AUGGGUCGAGUCUCCUUCGCCGACAAUGUAAACGAGCGCACCAUCGACGAGAUUGAAGAGGAGCCUGUGAACAUAUAUGAAUAUCAAAACACCCCCGAGAACAAGUCUUGGGCGGGUGCCCUCCCGCUCAAGCAGGGUCUCUACGACCCAGAGCUCGAGAAGGAUGCCUGUGGUGUAGGCUUCGCCGCCCAUAUCAAGGGCAAGGCGAGCCACAAGAUUGUCACAGAUGCACGCAACCUUUUGUGCAACAUGACCCACCGUGGUGCGGUCGGAUCUGAUGCACGAGACGGCGAUGGUGCUGGUGUCAUGACCUCGAUCCCUCACAAGUUCUUCAUCAAGAACUUUGAGCGCGAGCAGGGCAUCAAGCUGCCAGAGCAGGGCAAAUACGCCGCUGGCAACGUCUUCUUCAAGCCAGAAGAGGAGGCUCUGAAGGAGACGCUCGACCAGUUUGAAGGCAUUGCAGAUGAGCUCGAUCUACGAGUGCUUGGGUGGCGUGAGGUCCCCAAGGACAGUUCGUUGCUUGGACCAGCCGCCAAGUCGCGAGAGCCAAUCAUUCUGCAGCCAUUUGUCGUGCUCAAGUCCAUCUACGGCGACGGCAAAGAGCCAAAGCCUGACUUUGAUGAGAAAUAUAAUGAGCAAACAUUCGAGCGACAGCUGUAUGUCCUGCGAAAGCGGGCGACUCAUGUCAUCGGACUGCACAACUGGUUCUAUCUCUGCUCUCUGAGCAACAAGAACAUCGUCUACAAGGGUCAGCUUUCUCCAAGCCAGGUCUACGACUACUACCAUGAUCUCGUCAACGUCGAUUACGAGGGCCACUUUGCUCUGGUGCACUCUCGAUUCUCGACCAACACAUUCCCGUCCUGGGACCGAGCACAGCCUCUGCGAUGGGCUGCACACAACGGAGAAAUCAACACUCUCCGAGGCAACAAGAACUGGAUGCGUGCCCGAGAGGGUGUCUUGAAGUCUGAGUUCUUUGGUGAUGAUCUGGAAUCGCUCUACCCAAUUAUCGAAGAUGGUGGCUCCGACUCUGCGGCAUUCGACAAUGUGCUUGAGCUGCUCACUAUCAACGGUGUUCUUUCGCUCCCAGAGGCGGUCAUGCUGAUGGUGCCAGAGGCAUGGCAAGGCAACGAGCACAUCGAUGCCCAGAAGCAGGCGUUCUACGAGUGGGCUGCUUGCAUGAUGGAGCCAUGGGAUGGCCCAGCUCUUUUCACAUUCGCCGACGGUCGGUACUGUGGUGCCAACCUCGACCGAAACGGUCUGCGUCCUUGCAGAUACUACGUACUGGACGACGACCGAAUCAUCUGUGCAUCCGAAGUUGGAACUAUUGCCAUUGACCCAACCACGGUCAUUCAGAAGGGACGACUGCAACCUGGUCGUAUGCUCCUCGUGGACACCCAGGCUGGACGAAUCAUUGACGACGCUGAAUUGAAAGAGACGGUGUCUGCAAGACAGGAUUUCAGAUCGUGGCUUGAUGCACAGCUGCUUGUCAUGCCAAACAUCUACAAGACGCUCGCUGAGAAUGGUACCGAUCUCUCGCACAAGCUCACCGAGGCUACAGUGCAGGAGGAUCCUCGACUGAAGGCCUUUGGCUACUCCCUAGAGCAGGUGUCCCUCCUUCUGGCUCCAAUGGCCGCCGACUCCAAGGAGGCGCUGGGCUCCAUGGGUAACGAUGCUCCUCUUGCCUGCUUGGCUCAACAGCCACGUCUACUCUUUGAGUACUUCAGACAGCUCUUCGCGCAGGUCACGAACCCUCCCAUCGAUCCAAUCCGAGAGGCAGUCGUCAUGUCUCUUGGUUCAUACGUCGGUCCUCAGGGCAAUCUGCUCGAAAUGAAUAAGGAGCAGUGCCACAGACUGUACCUGCCAUCACCAAUGCUCUCCAUCGAAGAGUUCAACGCACUCCGCAACAUCACAUCUCUCCACAGUGACUGGACUGUCGCUACCAUCGACAUUACCUUCCCCAAGGCAGAUGGUGUCGCUGGGUACUACGAUGCGCUCGACCGCAUCUGCGAUGCCGCCACUGAGGCUAUCGAGAGAGGCGACAACAUCAUCAUCCUCUCUGACCGCAAGACCUCUGCCGAGCGUGUGCCAGUCUCCUCUCUUCUGGCUACUGGUAUGGUUCACCACCACUUGGUCCGCAACCGAUGGCGAGCCCAGGCUGCCCUUGUUGUUGAGACUGCCGAAGCUCGUGAGGUUCACCACAUGUGCGUGCUGGUCGGCUACGGCGCUGAUGCCAUCUGCCCAUACCUCGCCAUUGAGUGUAUUCUGAAGCUCGACCGUGAAGGUCUGAUCCGCAGGAAGCUCAGUGCUGAGGAGCUCAUUGGCAACUACAAGCACUCUUGCGACGGUGGUAUCCUCAAGGUCAUGAGUAAGAUGGGUAUUUCCACCCUUCAGAGCUACAAGGGUGCCCAGAUCUUCGAAGCUCUUGGUAUCGAUGACUCAGUCGUCGACCGAUGCUUCACUGGAACCGCCACCCGUAUUCGAGGUAUGACUUUCGAGUUGAUCGCCCAGGACGCAUUCGCACUCCACGAGAAGGGUUACCCAUCUCGCAACAUUGUCGAGAUUCCAGGUCUCCCAGAGACUGGCGAGUACCAUUGGCGUGACGGUGGCGAGGCGCACGUCAACGAUCCAGUGUCGAUUGCGAACAUCCAGGAUGCAGUUCGUGCCAAGAACGACAAGUCCUAUGAGGCUUACUCACGAUCUGAGUACGAGCAGAUCAAGAACUGCACACUCCGUGGUCUGCUUGACUUCGACUUUGAGGCUUGCAACCCGAUCCCAGUCGAUCAAGUCGAGCCAUGGACUGAGAUUGUCCGACGCUUCGUCACCGGUGCCAUGUCUUACGGAUCCAUCUCCAUGGAGUCGCACUCCACACUCGCUGUUGCCAUGAACAGACUUGGUGGCAAGUCCAAUACUGGUGAAGGUGGUGAGGAUCCAGAACGCUCGCUUCCAAUGGACAAUGGCGACACCAUGCGUUCCGCCAUCAAGCAGAUCGCAUCUGGACGUUUCGGCGUGACCAGCAACUACUUGGCCGACUCCGACGAGCUUCAGAUCAAGAUGGCUCAGGGUGCUAAGCCCGGUGAGGGCGGUGAGCUUCCAGGCCACAAGGUUUCUGGACCAAUUGCUCGCACUCGACACUCCACCCCUGGUGUUGGUCUCAUCUCUCCACCGCCUCACCACGACAUUUACUCCAUUGAAGAUCUCAAGCAGCUGAUCUACGACUUGAAGUGCUCCAACCCUCGAGCACGUGUGUCAGUCAAGCUUGUGUCUGAGACUGGUGUCGGAAUUGUCGCUUCUGGUGUCGCCAAGGCCAAGGCCGAUCACAUUCUCAUCUCUGGCCACGACGGUGGUACUGGUGCCUCUCGAUGGACUGGUAUCAAGUACGCCGGUCUUCCUUGGGAAUUGGGUCUUGCCGAGACCCAUCAGACUUUGGUCCUCAACGACCUGCGUGGUCGUGUUGUCGUCCAGACUGAUGGUCAGCUCCGUACUGGACGUGAUAUCGCACUUGCCUGCUUGUUGGGUGCUGAAGAGUUCGGUUUCGCUACCGCCCCAUUGAUCGCCAUGGGCUGUAUCAUGAUGCGGAAGUGCCACUUGAACACCUGCCCAGUCGGCAUUGCCACUCAGGACCCAGAACUCAGGAAGAAGUUCAAGGGAACUCCAGAGCACGUCAUCAACUUCUUCUACUACCUCUCGAACGAAUUGCGAGCUAUCAUGGCCAAGCUUGGUUUCCGCACUGUCAACGAGAUGGUUGGUCAUACCGAGGUGCUCAAGGUCCGCGAGGAUCUGCGAAACGCAAAGACCGAGAACAUUGAUCUGUCUUUGAUCCUGACUCCGGCUCAUACCCUCCGAUCUGGCGUCGCUACCUACAACGUCCGCAAGCAGGACCACAAGCUUCAUGUCCGACUUGACAACAAGCUCAUCGCCGAGUCCGAGCUUGCUCUUGAGAAGGGAUUGCCUUGCCGUAUCGAGUGUGACAUUGUCAACACCGACCGUGCCAUGGGUGCUACCCUCUCGUACCAGAUCAGCAAGCGAUAUGGCGAGAAGGGUCUUCCACAGGACACCAUCCAUGUCAACAUCCGCGGCUCGGCUGGUCAGUCCUUCGGUGCCUACCUGGCCCCAGGUGUCACUCUCGAGCUUGAGGGAGACGCCAACGACUAUGUCGGCAAGGGCUUGUCUGGCGGUAGACUCAUCAUCUACCCACCGCGAUCUGCUGUCUACAAGGCCGAGGAGAACGUCAUCAUCGGAAACGUAUGUCUCUACGGUGCCACCAUGGGCACUUGCUUCUUCCGUGGUGUCGCUGCCGAGCGUUUCGCCGUCCGUAACUCUGGUGUCACUGCUGUUGUCGAAGGUGUCGGAGACCACGGUUGCGAGUACAUGACUGGUGGCCGUGUCGUCGUUCUCGGCAGCACUGGCCGCAACUUCGCAGCUGGUAUGUCUGGAGGUAUUGCUUACGUUCUCGAUCUCCACCGCGAUUUCGAGGGCAAGGUCAACCAGGAGAUGGUUGAACUGUCUGGAUUGGACGACCCACAUGAGAUCGCCUUCCUCCGUGGCCUCAUUGAGGACCACCAUCACUACACUGGCUCUGAGCUCGCAGCUCGCAUCUUGCUCGACUUCAACCGCGCUCUGCCUCACUUCGUUAAGGUCCUUCCAACCGACUACAAGCGCGUCAUGGAAGAGGAGGCAAAGAAGCAGGAAGAAGCCAAAAAGGCCGAAUAUCCCCUCCCCAUCCUGCCAGGCAAUGCCGUUCGCAACCUGCACGAGCAGUCGAGGGAGCACGAGCAUGCGAAGGAGAAGAAGGCCGGUCUCCAGGAUCUCGAGGAAAGCAUCCCCGAUGGCCAAGCCGAGAAGAAGAGGUCCGCCCUGGUCCUCGACAAGACUCGUGGCUUCAUGAAAUAUCAGCGCCGCUCCGAGAAGUACCGCCAGGCUAAGACCCGGACGCGCGACUGGGCUGAGCUGAAUCAGCGUCUCAAUGAGGAUGAGCUCAAGUACCAGACUGCCCGAUGCAUGGACUGUGGUGUCCCGUUCUGUCAGUCUGAUACUGGCUGUCCGAUCUCGAACAUCAUCCCUAAAUGGAACGAAUUGGUAUUUUCCAAUCAGUGGCGGGAUGCUUUGAACCGACUGUUGAUGACCAACAACUUCCCCGAGUUCACCGGUCGUGUCUGCCCAGCUCCUUGCGAAGGCGCUUGCGUUCUCGGAAUCAACGAGGAUCCAGUUGGCAUCAAGUCUAUCGAGUGCGCCAUCAUCGAUCGCGGUUUCGAGAUGGGCUGGAUGGUCCCAACUCCGCCCAAGUGGUCCAGCGGCAAGAAGGUCGCCAUCGUUGGCUCUGGCCCAGCUGGUUUGGCUGCUGCUGAUCAGCUCAACAAGGCUGGCCACGAGGUGACGGUCUACGAGCGCUCCGACCGCAUUGGUGGCCUGCUCAUGUACGGAAUUCCAAACAUGAAGCUCGACAAGAAGGUCGUUCAGCGCCGCGUGGACUUCAUGGCUGCCGAGGGCGUCAACUUCAAGCCAGGAACUUUCGUCGGCGAAGGUGACAUCACCUUCACUUCGCUCAGAGAGCAGAACGAUGCCGUGGUUCUCGCAACUGGCUCUACGGUCGCCCGUGAUUUGAAGAUCCCCAAUCGCAACCUCAAUGGCAUUCACUACGCCAUGGAGUUCUUGCACAGGAACACCAAGUCUCUGCUGGAUUCGGAGUUGGCAGACGCCGCCUACAUCUCUGCCAAAGACAAGAACGUGAUUGUCAUUGGUGGUGGUGACACUGGUAACGACUGCAUUGGUACUUCCGUUCGCCACGGUGCCAAGUCUGUCAUCAACUUCGAGCUUCUCCCACAGCCACCACCACAGCGUGCUGCUGACAACCCUUGGCCACAGUGGCCUCGCAUCUACCGUGUCGACUACGGUCACACUGAAGUCAAGACUCACAUGGGCCGCGACCCACGUGAGUACUGCAUCAUGUCCAAGGACUUCGUCGAUGACGGCAGCGGCAACGUCAAGGGUGUUAACAUUAAGCGCCUGGAAUGGACGAAGAACUCCAACGGUGGCUGGGACAUGAAGGAGAUUGAGGGUAGCGAGGAGUUCUUCCCCGCUGAGCUUGUCCUCAUCUCCAUGGGUUUCCUCUCUCCAGAGGAGAAGGUCACCGAAGGCCUCAUUGAGCUUGAUGGCCGCAAGAACUUCAAGACUCCACCAGGCAAGUACACCACCAGCCUGGAGGGUGUCUUCGCUGCAGGUGAUUGCCGUCGUGGUCAGUCACUGAUCGUCUGGGGCAUCAACGAAGGUCGCCAGGCCGCCCGUGAUGUCGACUCCUACCUCACCGGCAUGGGCACUCAACUGCCCGUCACUGGUGGCAUCGUCAAGCGACCACCAUAUGAGCUCCUCAACAAGGCCAACGGCGCUCCUCAGGAGCUCAUCACCGCCGCUGCCUAA